AGCGAAAGCUUUCGCAAUAUCAAAGAUUCUCCUAAACCAAUCCCACGGAUGGUACGUGUGCCCUAAAUCACACCCUAUGAGCAUCCCUGUACCCUUUUAUUUAAACCCAUUUGGACCCACUGCAUCUAGAUUCUGUUCCUAUACCCAAGCAAACAUCCCUAUAAUUAAACCUCCUUUAAACCCCCACUUCUCUCCUUUUCCUUUUGAGUGAUUAGUAUUUUCCUCUUGUUUUUUUUUCCGCCCUUAUCGCACCCUCUUACUAUAUAUAUAGACCCCCUCCCAGCCCUCUUCUUCAUCACUCAACAAGCAAACCCCAAGAACCCUAAAAAAGAAUUAAAACACAUAGAACAAUGUCUGGAGUUUGGGUAUUCAAAAAUGGCGUCAUUCGUCUAGUGGAGAAUCCUGGAGCAGAAACUAGCUCUCAUGGUAGCUCCAGGAGAAAGGUAUUGGUGCACUUGCCCACUGGCCAAGUAAUCACUUCAUACUCUUCUCUUGAGCAAAUAUUGACAGAUUUAGGUUGGGAGAGGUAUUACGGGGGAGACCCAGAUCUCUUCCAAUUCCACAAGCACUCUUCCAUUGACCUAAUCUCUCUUCCAAGGGAUUUCUCUAAGUUCAACUCUGUCUACAUGUACGAUAUUGUCAUUAAAAACCCAAAUAUCUUCCACGUCAGGGAUAUGUAAUUCUUUUUCUUUUUAUGAAUAGCCUCCUCUCCUCUCUUCCUUCCAUAGGGUAUAGUUAGUUUGUUUUUGAUUGCUUGGGUCUCUUUCGUCUUAUAUAUAUAUAUGUAUUCUAUAUGUUGUGUUUCUGGGUUCAGUUCUUUAAAUUUCCUCGUUCACUGUAAAAAACAAUAAUAAAAGUGGAAGCUGCAGGCUGUUGCGUGUUUGUGUUUUUUUAUAAUUGUAAUUUGUUCAACUUCAAGUUAUUGAA